CUUAUAUUAUGGGAAACAGGAUUAAUUAUGACUACGGCUUCUAUGAAGGAGAAACAAAAGGAUUUUUCGAUAGAAUAAAACAUGGAGAAGGACGUUUUGUUUGGAAUAAUGGCCACAAAUAUGAAGGAGAAUAUGUUGAUGGGGAACGAACUGGACAAGGAACCUAUUACUGGCCAGAUGGAGAUAAAUAUGAAGGAGAAUGGGUUGGUGGAGAUCGAACUGGAAAAGGAACCUUUUACUGGUCAAAUGGAAAUAAAUAUAAAGGCGACUUUAGAAAUGGUAAGAUGACUGGUCAAGGAGUAUAUACCUUUGCGACUGGAGGAUCUUAUACUGGCAGGUUUGAGGAUGGCAAAUUUUGUGGAUAUGGAAAGAUGAUUUAUAAAGACAGAAGCACAUAUGAAGGGUUUUGGGAGAAUGAUAGUAGGAAUGGUAGAGGAACUUACAUUGAUGUUGAUGGGGACAAGUACAUAGGUGAAUACCAGAAUGGUUCUAAGCAUGGAAACGGAUUAUACACAUGGGCAGACGGAAAAACUUAUGACGGAGGUUGGCGAGAUGAGCAGAAGAGUGGAUAUGGAGUUUUUAAGUGACCCAGUGGAGAUAAAUAUGAAGGCUAUUUUAAAGAUGGUCUCCAAAGCGGAAAAGGAACAUAUUAUUUUCCCAAUGGAAAUAAGUACGAGGGAGACUGGCUUAAAGGUGACAUGCAUGGUAAAGGAUUAUUCACAUGGGCUGAUGGCACAACUUAUGAAGGAAACUUCGUUAAUGACAAGAAAGAAGGAUAUGGAGUCAAGAAAUAUACUAAUGGAGGAAAGUACGAAGGCUAUUGGAAGAACGAUGAAUACAAUGGAAAGGGAACAGAGGUUUUUGGUAAUAAAAACAAGUAUGAAGGAGAUUUCUUGGAUGGCAAAUUACAUGGAAAAGGGUUAUAUUCUUGGACUGAUGGAUCGUCUUAUCAAGGUGACUUCCAAAGAGGAAGUUUUAAUGGGUACGGAGUCAAGAAGUACAAGAAUGGAUGAAGAUACGAGGGUGAAUGGAAGGAUAGCCAAAGACACGGAAAAGGAACCUACUACUAUUUCGAUGAACUAAAGUAUGCAGGCGACUUAGCUCAAGUUAAAAAGAAUGGUGAAAAAGUAAUACCCAAGCUUGUGUUGAGAAAGACCUAUGAAGGUGACUUUGUUGACGACCAGAUGACUGGAACUGGAGUCAGAACUUGGAAAAACGGAGACAGAGAUGAAGGAUCAUUCAAAAAUGGAAAGCUGCAUGGGAAGGCAACAAGACACUAUGCUAAUGGUAAAAAGUUAGAAACAGAGUGGAACGAAGGAGAGUUGAUCAAGACUAUUAAUCUAGAUGAUUAA